GAGAGGACACAGGGAAUUUAUGCGAAAAGUCUUAUCAGUAGCAUUGUGUGGUAACUAAAGGCUCUCACUCGCAUACUUCCAAAGAAACUAAUGCAAAAUACACUUAUCACUGUAGCUGUCUCUCAUAUAGACACAUGCACACAACCCAGUUCUCAGGAUGCCUAAGAUAUGGGCUUUUAUUCCGGAUUUCUUCACCUACGAGACGACCAAGUCGGUGGUGGUGAAGAGCAAGUCUGUUGGAAUCAUCAACCGCGUCGUACAACUACUCAUCAUCAUCUACUUCCUAUGUUGGGUCUUUUAUCACGAAAAGGCGUACCAGGUGAGAGACUCGGGCAUCGAGUCUUCGGUCAUGACCAAGGUGAAGGGCUUCGGUUACCAUAACAACCGUGUCAUGGAUGUGGCGGACUAUGUCGCCCCUACACAGGGUGCCGCAGUGUUCUGCAUCAUCACCAAGCUCAUCAUCACAGAGAACCAGUUCCAAGGAUUCUGCCCGGAGAGUGAAAGCAAGUACAAGUGUGACACGGAUGAAGAGUGCGACAAGUAUUUGGGGAGCUCCACUGGAAACGGAAUAAUAACUGGUGCCUGUGUGAACUCCUCUAAAGGACCACGCUGUGAGAUGCAGGGUUGGUGCCUUGCAGAGGACGACAAAGUCCACAUGCAACCAAUGAUGGAAGUGGAAAACUUCACCAUCUUCAUCAAGAACAGUAUCCGCUUCCCUAUGUUCAACGUUACCAGAGGGAACUUCCCAUCAUCCCUGAAUGCGACUUAUAUCAGGAGCUGUACGUAUGACCCGGAGCACAACCUCCACUGUCCCAUCUUCAAGGUGGGAGAAGUGCUGCGCUACACAGGACAGAACUUCUCCACCAUCGCUCAGACAGGUGGAGAGAUUGCGAUCAACAUUGAAUGGCAGUGUAAUCUGGAUGAGUCAGAAGAGAGAUGUGAACCACACUACUCCUUUACGCGGCUUGAUGCUGUGUUUCAGAAGAAUGGCAUUGCUAAGGGAUACAACUUCAGAUUUGCCAAAUAUUACAAAAAUGAGAAUGGGACGGAGUUCCGCACUCUCCACAAGGCCUACGCCAUCCGCUUUGACAUCCUGGUCACUGGCCUCGCAGGGAAGUUCAACACAGUUCCUACUCUGAUCAACGUAGUGGCAGCCUUUACCUCCGUGGGAUUGGGUACGGUCCUCUGUGACAUCAUUCUUCUGAACUUCCUGAAGGGGGCAGACCAAUACAAAGCCAAGAAAUUUGAGGAGGUCUCUGAGUCACAGAUACAGAUAUUACUCUCUCGAGAAGGUUGCAGGCAGCUGUCAAUCCAACCAGAGGAGAAGAUUUCAGAUGACUCUGGAACUGUUUCCCUCUGCCUGGACCAGCAGCUUUGAGUGGUUUGAGGCAGGGUUUGUUAGAAGUUAAUAGGGAUUUAUUUGUAUUUCUUUUUUUUUCUCCUAGUAGUACAGAAUUAGGCAAACCAUGAUUGAUGGCACACUCCAGCACAGUAGGUGGCGGCGUGCACCUUAACAUUUUGUUUCAGGACUGCCAUUAUACCGAAGAAGAAGAAGGAGGAGAAGAA